UACCGAACGGCACGGCGCGCCAGGUGAAUAGACGUAAGGCAUUCACAUUCCCUUGAGUGAAAAUCGGCCAAUCUGUCAACCUAUCGCCUCGAAUCUAGUCAACCCAGUUUAACUCAUCUCGACCAUGGUAUUCGAAGCCUACAUCGGCUGGCGCCCAGACAACGCGUCACAACGUGCCAAGCAACCCCAGGCUGAGCUGACGCGCCAGCAACGCGCGGCUGCAGUGUGGCCACCAUAUGAUCAGAGGGCGAACGAGGAGCGCGGUGUAUCGUGGGGCACCAUGCUGUGCAUUGUGCUGUGUGGCAUUGUGCUGGGCAUUGUGCUGGGCAUUGUGCUGGGUGGCCAUGUGCUGGGCACAUAUGCGGAAAGGGCGGGCGUGAUAGACGAAGCAGCAGUGGACUGGGUGCGCGAGUGGCUUGUCGGCUUAUGGACGUGAGAGAAGGUACCUCGAAUCACGUAGUUGAAAUCUUGGAUCGAGGCAACAUUCUACCUGACACA